CCAUCAUGCCAGCUGGGGGCCGGGCCGGGAGCCUGAAGGACCCCGAUGUGGCUGAGCUCUUCUUCAAGGAUGACCCUGAAAAGCUCUUCUCUGAUCUCCGGGAAAUUGGCCAUGGCAGUUUUGGAGCUGUGUACUUUGCCCGAGAUGUCCGGAAUAGUGAGGUGGUGGCCAUCAAGAAGAUGUCCUACAGUGGGAAGCAGUCAAAUGAGAAGUGGCAGGAUAUCAUCAAGGAGGUGCGGUUCCUGCAGAAGCUCCGGCACCCCAAUACCAUUCAGUACCGGGGCUGUUACCUGAGAGAGCACACAGCUUGGCUGGUGAUGGAGUAUUGCCUGGGCUCAGCUUCUGACCUUCUAGAAGUGCACAAGAAGCCCCUUCAGGAGGUGGAGAUUGCAGCUGUGACGCACGGGGCCCUUCAGGGCCUGGCUUACCUGCACUCCCACAACAUGAUCCAUAGGGAUGUGAAGGCUGGAAACAUCUUGCUAUCAGAGCCAGGCUUGGUGAAGCUGGGGGACUUUGGCUCUGCAUCUAUCAUGGCACCCGCCAACUCCUUUGUGGGCACCCCAUACUGGAUGGCUCCGGAGGUGAUCCUGGCAAUGGAUGAGGGGCAGUAUGAUGGCAAGGUGGAUGUCUGGUCCUUGGGGAUAACCUGCAUCGAGCUGGCGGAACGGAAACCACCGCUGUUCAACAUGAAUGCGAUGAGUGCCUUAUACCACAUUGCACAGAAUGAGUCCCCCGUGCUCCAGUCAGGACACUGGUCUGAGUACUUCCGGAAUUUUGUUGACUCCUGUCUUCAGAAGAUCCCUCAAGACAGACCAACCUCAGAGGUUCUUUUGAAGCACCGCUUUGUGCUCCGGGAGCGGCCACCCACGGUCAUCAUGGACCUAAUCCAGAGAACUAAGGAUGCUGUGCGGGAGCUAGACAACCUGCAGUACCGUAAGAUGAAGAAGAUACUGUUCCAAGAGGCACCCAAUGGCCCUGGUGCUGAGGCCCCAGAGGAAGAGGAGGAGGCCGAGCCCUACAUGCACCGGGCUGGGACACUGACCAGUCUAGAGAGUAGCCACUCGGUGCCCAGCAUGUCCAUCAGCGCCUCCAGCCAGAGCAGUUCGGUCAACAGCCUAGCAGAUGCUUCAGACAACGAGGAGGAGGAGGAGGAAGAAGAAGAGGAAGAGGAGGAAGAGGAAGGGCCCGAAGCCCGAGAGAUGGCCAUGAUGCAGGAGGGAGAACACACAGUCACCUCCCACAGUUCCAUCAUCCACCGACUGCCGGGUUCUGACAACCUGUAUGAUGACCCAUACCAGCCAGAGAUGACCCCCAGCCCUCUCCAGCCGCCGGCAGCCCCGGCUCCCACCUCUACCACCUCUUCUGCCCGCCGCCGGGCCUACUGCCGCAACCGGGACCACUUUGCCACCAUCCGUACUGCCUCCCUGGUCAGCCGCCAGAUCCAGGAGCACGAGCAGGACUCAGCGCUGCGGGAGCAGCUGAGCGGCUAUAAGCGGAUGCGACGACAGCACCAGAAACAGCUGCUGGCCCUGGAGUCGAGGCUGCGGGGUGAACGGGAGGAGCACAGCGCGAGGCUGCAGCGGGAGCUUGAGGCCCAGCGUGCUGGCUUUGGGGCUGAGGCAGAAAAGCUGUCCCGGCGGCACCAGGCCAUUGGUGAGAAGGAGGCCCGAGCGGCCCAGGCCGAGGAGCGUAAGUUCCAGCAGCACAUCCUCGGGCAGCAGAAGAAGGAGCUGGCCGCCCUACUGGAGGCUCAGAAGCGAACGUACAAACUACGAAAGGAGCAGCUGAAAGAGGAGCUCCAGGAGAACCCCAGCACCCCCAAGCGGGAAAAGGCCGAGUGGCUUCUGCGGCAGAAGGAGCAGCUCCAGCAGUGCCAGGCGGAGGAGGAGGCAGGGCUGCUGCGGCGGCAGCGCCAGUACUUUGAGCUUCAGUGUCGCCAAUAUAAGCGCAAGAUGCUUCUGGCGCGUCACAGCCUGGACCAGGACCUGCUGCGCGAGGAUUUGAACAAGAAGCAGACCCAGAAGGACUUGGAGUGUGCACUGCUGCUGCGGCAGCAUGAGGCCACACGGGAGCUGGAGCUACGGCAGCUCCAGGCCGUCCAGCGCACACGGGCGGAGCUCACCCGCCUGCAGCACCAGACGGAGCUGGGUAACCAGCUGGAGUACAACAAGCGGCGUGAGCAAGAGUUGCGGCAGAAGCACGCGGCCCAGGUUCGCCAGCAGCCCAAGAGCCUCAAAGUACGUGCAGGCCAGCGUCCCCCGGGCCUCCCGCUCCCCAUUCCUGGGGCUCUGGGACCACCCAGCACAGGCACCCCUAUAGAAGAGCAGCCCUGCUCAUCUGGCCAGGAGGCAGUACUGAACCAAAGAAUUCGGGGAGAGGAGGAGGAAGCAGUUCCAGAGAGAAGGAUUCUGGGAAAGGAAGGGGCCACCUUGGAGCCAGAGGAACAGAGGAUGUUGGGGGAAGAAUCAGGAAUCUCUAGUCCCGGCCCACAAAAACAUAGGAGUUUGGUUGAUGAGGAAGUUUGGGGUCUGCCUGAGGAGGAGAUAGGAGAACUUAGAGUCCCAUCUCUGGUGCCCCAGGAGAGGAGCAUUGCAGGCCAGGAGGUGGCUGGGGAAUGGAGGUUAUGGGGCAAGGAGGACGGGAGCCUCCUGGAUGAGGAAUUUGAGUUUGGUUGGAUCCCAGGCCCAGCACUAACCCCAGUCCCCGAGGAGGAGGAAGAGGAGGAGGAGGGAGCUCCAGUUAGGACCCUGAGGGAUCCUGGAGAUGGCUGUCCCUCACCAGACAUCCCCCCUGAGCCCCCUCCAACACAUCUGAGGCACAGCCCUGCUAACCAGCUCCCUGGACUUUUGUCCCAUGGUCUCCUGGCAGGCCUGUCCUUUGCAGUGGGGUCCUCCUCUGGCCUCCUGCCCCUACUACUUCUGCUGCUACUCCCACUGCUGGCAGCGCAGGGCGGGGGUGGCCUGCAGGCAUCACUGCUGGCCCUUGAGGUGGGGCUGGUGGGCCUGGGGGCCUCCUACCUACUUCUUUGUACAGCUCUGCACCUGCCCCCCAGUCUGUUCCUACUCCUGGCCCAGGGCACCGCACUGGGGGCCGUCCUGGGUCUGAGUUGGCGCCGUGGCCUUAUGGGUGUCCCUCUGGGCCUUGGGGCGUCCUGGCUCCUAGCCUGGCCAGGUCUGGCUCUACCUCUGGCAGCUCUUGCAGCUGGGGGCAAAUGGGUGCGGCAGCAGGGCCCCCGGAUGCGCCGGGGUAUCUCUCGACUCUGGUUAAGGGCUCUGCUGCGCCUAUCGCCCAUGGCCUUUCGUGCCCUACAGGGCUGUGGGGCUGUGGGGGACCGGGGCCUGUUUGCACUCUACCCUAAAACUAAUAAGGAUGGCUUCCGCAGCCGUUUGCCUGUCCCUGGGCCCCGGCGGGGUAAUCCCCGCGCUGCCCGACACCCACUAGCCCUGUUGGCGAGGUUUUGGACCCUGUGCAAGGGCUGGAACUGGCGCCUGGCACGGGCCAGCCAGGGGUUAGCCUCCCACUUGCCUCCUUGGGCCAUCCACACCCUGGCCAGCUGGGGCCUGCUCCGGGGCGAGAGGCCCAGCCGUAUCCCCCGGCUGCUGCCACGCAGUCAGCGCCGGCUAGGGCCACCUGCUUCUCGCCAGCCAGCACCUGGGACUCUAACUGGGCGGCGAUCCCGAACCCGUCAGUCCCGGGCCCUGCCUCCCUGGAGGUAACCAACUCUAGCUCCUCCUCAGCCCGAAUCUGGAGCAUCGAGCACUUUAUCUCCCACUACUCAGUGAGGUUUCUCCAGUCCCAAUCCUCUCCUCCCUUUCACCCCUCCUUCCUUAGUAUGCUUCCCCACCUCACCCCAGUCCUUUGGACCUUUAGGCAGCCUCCACCAUGGAGUCCGGAAGUUACACUUUGUGGUCUCCCGACACUCCUCCCCCACCCUAAAUUAUUGCUGUUCUCCCGCUGUGUGUGUGCUCAUCCUCACCCUCAUCAACUCAGGCCUGGGGCCAGGGGUGGCGGUGGGUGGGAAGUCAUGUUUUUUUUUCUCUCUUUGAUUUUGUUUUUCUGUCUCCCUUCCAACCUGUCCCCUUUCCCCCACCAAAAAA